ACAUACUGUAACAUAGCCAUUUAACUCUGGUUACUUCUUUGCCAACAUUAAUAUCUUACUUGAAAAUGGAAUAACCCAAAAAUAUUAUUAUAUGGUUAAAAUGCCUAAUUCAGAUCACCAUCUAAAUGAACACUGAAGUGUACUGUUGGUUCAUGUUUUUAUAGUGCUUAAUAUUUUUCUGCAAAAACAAAGGUAAUAAUGCAGCUAAGAAAUGAAUUUAUGCUGUUUUUAUUCUUCAGUUGCUAAAAACAAGAAAUUGCACACGGGCAUAGUUUUCCUAACAACAAUACGUACAUAUUAGCAAUUUGGCUUCGUGUCUUAAACAUUGCAUAAUAUUUUAUUUGUUUAAUAUGAGGAAGCAGGAAUAAGUGAUCUGCAAUCAAAAAGCUUGCAUUAAAAUGGCUCCCAUAGGUUUUGUUAAAGAAGGAUCUGUUUCAAAUCUACACCUUCUGACACAUUGUUGACAGUGAAGAAUAUUUGUAUAAGCUGCUCUUGUGCAUGUAAUGAAACGUAGCAUUGUGAGUCUGUUAAAGCUUGCUAUUUUUAAUCACUCAUAUAAUUCUUUUAUAGUGCACAAAAAAUAAAUGUCUGCAUUGCAGUAAGAUGUCUGAGGCAAGGUAGAGACAGCAGUGUUGUUUUACAGAUCAGCCCAAUCACGCUGCUCUGUGGAAUACUUGAGCCAAUAGAAACAGAGUGUAGGUUAAAGAUUGACAAUUGCAGUGGCAAGACUGAAAGGCCUUCUGGAAAUUUCUACCAUCUUUGUUUCAUCUAAGUAAAGCAAAUUCAGAUAAGCUGAAGAAUUUCAUGUAUUUUUGGGGCUUUGUUAAGCUUGGCUGAAGAGGAAAUAAAGGCAGAGCAGGAGGUGGUGGAGGGGAUGGAUAUCUCCACUCGAUCCAAAGAUCCUGGCUCUGCCGAACGCACAGCACAGAAGAGGAAGUUUCCCAGCCCUCCGCACUCUUCCAAUGGCCACUCCCCUCAAGAUGCAUCCACGAGCCCUAUUAAAAAGAAAAAGAAACCUGGCCUAUUGAACAGUAACAAUAAAGAGCAGUCAGAACUAAGACAUGGUCCGUUUUACUAUAUGAAGCAGCCACUCACCACAGACCCUGUUGAUGUUGUACCACAGGAUGGACGGAAUGAUUUCUAUUGCUGGGUUUGUCAUCGGGAAGGCCAAGUCCUCUGCUGUGAACUCUGUCCUCGGGUUUAUCAUGCUAAGUGUCUGAAACUGACAGCGGAACCAGAGGGGGAUUGGUUUUGCCCAGAAUGUGAGAAAAUUACUGUAGCAGAAUGCAUAGAAACUCAGAGUAAAGCUAUGACAAUGCUCACCAUUGAACAGCUAUCAUACUUACUCAAGUUUGCACUACAGAAAAUGAAACAGCCAGGGACAGAGCCAUUUCAAAAGCCAGUUUCACUGGAUCAGCACCCAGAUUAUGCAGAAUAUAUCUUUCAUCCAAUGGACCUUUGUACAUUAGAAAAGAAUGUUAAAAAGAAAAUGUAUGGUUGCACUGAAGCAUUUUUGGCUGAUGCCAAAUGGAUUUUGCACAAUUGCAUUAUUUACAAUGGGGGAAAUCACAAAUUGACACAGACAGCAAAAGUCAUAAUCAAAAUCUGUGAACAUGAGAUGAAUGAAAUCGAAGUGUGUCCGGAAUGUUAUUUAGCUGCUUGCCAAAAACGAGAUAACUGGUUUUGUGAGCCUUGUAGCAAUCCUCACCCUUUGGUCUGGGCUAAACUCAAAGGCUUUCCAUUCUGGCCUGCUAAAGCACUGAGAGAUAAAGAUGGACAAGUCGAUGCCCGUUUCUUUGGCCAACAUGACAGGGCCUGGGUUCCAAUAAAUAAUUGCUACCUCAUGUCUAAAGAAAUUCCUUUUUCUGUGAAAAAGACUAAAAGCAUCUUCAACAGUGCAAUGCAAGAGAUGGAGGUUUAUGUUGAUAAUAUUCGUAGAAAGUUUGGAGUAUUUAAUUACGCACCUUUCCGGACACCAUAUACUCCCAACAACCAAUACCAAAUGUUGUUAGACCCUGCAAACCCAGCAGCUGGAACUGCAAAGACAGACAAACAAGAAAAAAUCAAACUGAACUUCGACAUGACAGCAUCACCCAAGAUUCUAAUGAGCAAAUCUAUGCUGAGCAACACUGGUCGAAGGAUUUCCUUAACAGAUAUGCCACGGUCACCAAUGAGUACCAACUCUUCAGUUCACACCGGAUCUGAUGUUGAACAGGAUGCAGAAAAAAAAGCAACCUCCAGUCAUUGUAGUGCAAGUGAAGAGUCCAUGGACUUCAUUGACAAGAGUUCAGCUUCUCCAGCACCAACAAGGACCGGCCAAGCAGGGAGCUUAUCAGGCAGCCCAAAACCUUUCUCUCCUCAAGCCUCAACACCCAUUGCUGCUAAGCAAGAAAGAUCUUCCACUCCAGGAAGCAUUCUGAACCUUAACCUUGAUCGCAGCAAAGCUGAGAUGGAUCUGAAAGAACUGAGUGAAUCAGUCCAGCAGCAGUCCACACCUGUGCCACUAAUUUCGCCAAAACGACAGAUUCGCAGCAGGUUCCAGCUUAAUCUUGACAAGACAAUAGAGAGUUGUAAAGCACAGUUAGGAAUCAAUGAAAUCUCUGAAGAUGUUUAUAAUGAAGUAGAACAUAGUGACUCUGAGGAUUCUGAAAAAUCAGACACCAGUGACAGUGAAUAUAUCAGUGAUGAAGAACAGAAAUCAAAGAACGAUCAGGAAGAUGGAGAGGAUAAAGAGAGUGGAAAAAGUGAUAAAGAGUCACUGACCAUGAAAAAAAAACCUAAACCACCAGCUGCAGGUGAAGUUAAAGAGGAACUUAAUAGCACAAGUCCUGGAGUGGAGAAAACAGACACCCCUAUAAAAGAAAAGGCAAAUACAGACACUGAGAAAGACUUUUCGGAAAAUGGAAAAAACUUGCAGCAUCCUGCAAAAGAAAAAUUGAAAGGUAAAGAUGAGACAGACUCUCCAACUGUGCAUCUGGGUCUAGACUCUGAUUCAGAGAGUGAACUUGUCAUCGAUCUAGGGGAAGAUCAUUGUGGGCGUGAGGGACGGAAAAACAAGAAAGAAUCUAAAGAACCACCUCCUAAACAAGAUGUUGCAGGUAAAAUUCCACCUUCUUCCAGUGCAAGCAGCCAGCCUCCACCUGAAACUCCAGUGCUUACCCGAUCUGCUGCACAAACACCACCAGCUGGAGUCACAGCUACUACUAGUGCUACUUCUACUGUCGCUGCUCCAGCAGCAGCCACAGGGAGCCCUGUGAAAAAGCAAAGGCCGCUUCUACCUAAGGAAACAGCCCCUGCUGUGCAAAGAGUAGUGUGGAAUUCUUCAAAUAAAUUUCAAACAUCAUCUCAGAAGUGGCACAUGCAAAAGGUACAGCGGCAGCAGCAGCAGAGUCAGCAAUCUCAACAGUCACAACAACCUCAGUCUUCCCAAGGGACAAGAUACCAGACAAGACAGGCAGUAAAAGCUGUACAGCAAAAAGAGAUCACCCAGAGCACUUCCACGUCAACUAUCACCUUGGUUACAAGUACUCAACCUGUUUCUAUGGUUACUAGUUCUGGAUCUUCAAGUACACUUUCUUCUUCAAUUAAUACAGACUUACCAAUAGCAACAGCUUCAGCUGAUGUGGCUGCAGAUAUUGCAAAGUACACUAGCAAAAUGAUGGAUGCAAUAAAAGGUACAAUGACUGAAAUAUACAAUGAUCUUUCAAAAAAUACCACUGGAAGUACAAUAGCUGAGAUUCGUCGUUUGAGAAUCGAAAUAGAGAAACUUCAAUGGUUACAUCAACAGGAGCUCUCAGAAAUGAAACACAAUCUUGAAUUGACAAUGGCGGAGAUGCGGCAAAGUCUAGAGCAGGAGCGUGAUCGUUUGAUUGCUGAAGUAAAGAAGCAGCUGGAGUUGGAGAAGCAGCAAGCCGUGGAUGAAACCAAGAAGAAGCAGUGGUGUGCUAAUUGCAAGAAAGAGGCCAUCUUCUACUGCUGCUGGAAUACCAGCUACUGUGACUACCCUUGCCAGCAAGCUCACUGGCCUGAGCAUAUGAAAUCCUGCACACAGUCAGCUACUGCAACACAACAAGAAACAGAUACUGAAAUUAGUCCAGAAACAUUAAAUAAAUCGUCCCAGCCCAGCUCCAGUACACAGCCUCCAUCCACAGAAACAGCCAGCACCCCAAAGGAAAAGGACAGUGCAGCUGAUAAAAACAAAGACUGUGUUACAAUAGCAACAGGUGUGACAAGCAACCAGCCUAUAAAACUGGUCCAGGUACCGCAGACCACCACCUAUAUUCCAACUACUCAACCCACAAUUGUAAGUACAUCAUCAUCAUCAUUUAAAGUCUGCAAUAGAACUGUUCCUGGCAUUAAAAUACAUCAAUAUUUUUGGGGGUCGUUUCCUGUCUGUUGCUCUAUCAGGAUAUGAAUUCACUGGUAUCAAGUCUCAAUUUGCAGUGCAAAAUGUCUUAUUUUGCUGUGCAACAUUCCAUCUUUGUCAUGCCUUUCAUUUUCAUCAUUUGGUUAUUACAAGAAACUAGGAAAAGCCACUGGGCAUAUACUUAAGGCACUGACGAUAGUCAACUCGUUGCUUGCAUUAGAAUUUUGACAUUAUUUACCAGUUUGAUUUUGGUUAUUUGACCAAGAAAUCGUGAUAAAUAUUGCAUGUAGUUAAUGUACCAUCUUUUCCAGUGGUAUCCUAAAGAGCUUUAUAUAAUAUUGGUAUAUUAGAGUUAGGGAUGUGAAAGGUUAACUGGUAAGCAUCACCCUUAACUGCUGUGGACGGGGGCUGCUCCAGACUUGUGGGGCCUGGCAUGGUCAUAGGCUGCUCCAGGCAUCCAGAGCAGCCCCUGUGCACAUCUGGCCUGAUGCAUUCCUGGCAGGGGCUGCUCCAGGUGUUUAACCAGUUCCAUGCUUAAUGGGUUAACCAAUUACAUGGGAUUUUACAUCCCUAAUUAGACUCCUAGCCUGAAAUGGCAGUAACUAUGAAGGCAGAUUGCACUGCUAAUAUGCAUUCAUCAGCAUUCGAUCUAAAAUGUGGCCUUGGACAUCAGGACCUGUGUUACUGAGAGAGGGAAUGAUGUCUGUGUCCCUGGGAUUAUACCCACUAUUCUUUAUCCACUAAUAUGUGCCAAUGGCACUUUGAUUUUUUCCCUGUAUACUCAACCACAGACAAGACAAAAAUGAGCUCCAUUUAAUGCUUAAAACUCUCUAACACGCCUUAAAUUCCAAUGUAAUGCUCUCUAAUGCUGCACUUAGCUCAGUUUCCACACUGAAACCUGAAGUUCUUCAAACUAACAGGGAAAAAUGCGUGUGUCUCUCUGACACUUAGCAUCAUAUGUUACCCAUUUUUGGGUUGUGAGUUUGAAAGUAAAAGUAACUCAGCCAGUGUUCAUAUAUUUGGCUUAGUUCAUUUUUAUACUGUGAUAUUAAUGGUUGUUUUGUGUUAGUUAUUUUCAUACAGUGUUGCACAAUCAUCACGUCUUAUCCAUUAAUUCUGUCACUCUGAGGAUAUUCUUGCUGGAUGUCAUGACUUUAAAAAACAACAACAACCUUCCCAACAGCUAAGUCAUUAAUCAUAAUAGAGAGCACUCAGUACCUCUCAAGAAAGUACUUAGAACCAUUGCCCUGACAGACUUCCAACACCAGUGAGAAGCCAUUAUAACUGUUCUAAAAUCAGACCUUAGGCAUCAGACCAAGUUAGAGAAAUGCCGAUGCUCCAGUAUCCUAAAUUGGCCUCUUCAGGCAUUCAGGAAAUGGUGAUAAUGUCCACAACUGUCCUACUGAAUAUGCAUGCAGCUUGAGUCAAAAGGAAUCUGAAAGUACUAAAAGAUUUUAGGACACAGCUACAAACAACUUGUGUGUGUGCUAAUAUAGCUACAUACCUUUUAAAUUGUCUAAUGCCUGAGCAUGCACAAAUGUGCAGUUUUGUGGGAACCAGGUAGAGAGGCUUGGCUUAAAAAUUGACUGCUCUGAGGAAACAACCACAAUGCAUUUAAGGAGUCCUAACAAAUAUCAUACCGUGAUCAGUAAAACAGGGAUUAAAAGUUAGUAUUAGUCCCAUCUAAACAUGUUUUUAAAAGAUCCAGAUAGCAAAAUGAAGUUCCGUACUUUUACUGCUAAUAGACAGUUUUCUAGUGCAUAAGUCUCAAACUUUUAGUCCGCUGUCCAUCCCUAGCCAGAAUGAUUGCAGAGUCUGGCUCAGGACUCCUGGGGGCAGGCUAUUUGUUACCAACCCCCAACCCUUUCCAUCAUUGCCCUCUCCACCAUGAUACCCGAUUCCCAAGGAUGUGUCUUUGAGGAUCACCGAGGGGCUCUGGCGGAAAGUACAGUGGGUGCAACUGCUGCCAGUAUGUGGCACCAGGCUCCCCUGAUGAUCCCUGAAGUCACGCCUUGGGGAUAGAGUUCCAAGAAGGGCAGAGGGCAAGACAGUAGUGGGGCAGGGUGGGGUUUGGGGACCAGUAACGGACCCUCCCUCAGCCUGCUGGGAGUCCCAGGUUGGAUUGUGCAAACACUCAGUCCGACGAUGGCCUGUGGGCUUGGAGUUGUUCUGGUGACUUUCUCAUCUUGAUCUACAUUUAUAAGUUGUCAGCAUCCAUUAAGAAUAUGAAAGAACCCACACCUUCUCCAGCAUAGCUCUUGUGUUGACAUAGAGUGGCUACACAGGAGACCUUACAGUGGCACAGCUGCAGUGGAACAGCUGAUACCUAGCAUAGGCAUAGCCAGUCUCUGUAGCACCAAUACAACCUCAGUUUCUUGUUAUCUACCAAUUGAGUCCUUACUCUGAAUGACUUCCAAUAAACCCCCAUUGCACAUCAAAAAUCAUCCUGAUUACUAAAUGGCAAUAGUCUUGUAUUUACUUCGUAAACUUCCAUGUUUGUUUUUUUAUUCUUCUUUGAAUGAAAAUAGUGAUAAAUGGUUAAGUGCUCUAAAUCUGUCGUCAUUCCAUUUCUGCAGAAAUGUUGUAGCUUCUGCAAUGAGUAGACUUUCUCACAAAAGAGAUGGUAAAUAUUUCAAUGCUUGCAGUCCUGAUUAGCCAAGGAUAAUAGCAAUAUUUGCUGAAUACCACCAAGUCACUAGUGUAAAACGCUCUAUGAAACAUUGUGGAGAAUGUGCAUUUCUUCUUCCAUCUUCUCUGUGCAGUUUUAUGUCUAUGUCAGAAGGAGGACUUGGGCAUCUCUUUCAGUUCCCCAAAAACCUGUGCUCCUUGUUUCUUUCCCUUUAAAGCCUUCUGGACAGAAAUUGAUGUAGGGAUGUUAGAGAGUAGUCGAGUGGACUAUUCGACUACUUGCUUUCCCCUCCCCUUGCUACCUCUGUAUAAGAGGCAGCAAGGGAAGGGAACAGGCGGCAGUGCUGGGGUUAGCUGGCUUAAAAGCCAGUUCCCCCAGCACCAUUUCCACAGUGCCAUCCCCCCGCUGCCUCCUUUAGAAGCUCCUGUCGGGGGGGGGGGGGGAAUCCCAGCAGGGAGCUGGCUCCCCCCUCACACACACGCCCCCUCCCCACCAAGCAGCCCCUGGCCACUGCGAACAGGGACUGCUGGAUUUGGCUCAUGCUGGUCUGGGAUUCUGCACCUCUGCAUUUUAAAUGUAGUAAAAGCCCAGCAGCUCUUAGUAAAUUUAAAAUGCAGAGCCGCAGCCCAGGUGGCUCCUGGAGCCAUCAUGAGCUAAGACUGCUCAGUCCCAGAUCAAGUCGGCUCCGGGAGCUCCCCCCGCUGCAGUUCUGCAGAGAAGUCUUUAUCGACUAAUCAUGUAGCCAAUAUAGAUUGUAUCUAUUUACAUGAGUAGCCAGAUAACCGCAAUUUAACAUCCUUAAACUCAUGCAGUUGCUUGGUCACCAGUUGGGCUCCAGGAGAAGUGUGCCAGAACAUACUUUUUACAGAUUAGAAGCUGCUGCUAUGAGCAAACGGACUUACAUUUCUGGAGGAAGGUUAAAGUAUAGAGAUCUGCUUCUCAGGUCUGCCAGUAAUUUGCUGUGAGCUUGAGCAAGUCACUUAACCAUUUUGUGCUUCCAUAUGUCUAGCUUUAGAAUAAAAUAUCUACCAAAUAGGGUAUUAUGAGAUUUAAUUUGUUAAUGUGUGUAAAAGCACUUUGAUGCCUUCAGUUGGAAUUCAUGACAGAACUGCAAAAUUUUCUUUACUAAGGUCAUGUCUAUGCUAUGGACCUUACAGCAGCACAGCCAUAUAGCUACAGCUGUGCCAUGGUAUGGUUUUCUAUGUAGCCACUCUUCGCUGACAAGAGAGCUCUCCUGCUGGCGUAAUGAACACCCUCUUCCCUCCCCCCCUCCUUAUGGAGCAACAUAGUGCUAUCCACACCAGUACUUUUGCCCGUGAAACUUAUGUUGGCCAAGGGUGCAGGUUUUUUCCAUUAAAAAAAGUUAUACCAACAAGAGAGUUAGUAUAGACCAGUGUUUCUCAGCCAGUGGUACAAGUACCCUUAGGGGUACUGGAGAAAAGUCUGAGGGGUACAUCAACACAAGUGAUAUUUGGAGAAAACUGAAUUUUUGUUUGAAGUUUUACAGCGCUUUAUUAUUUUUUGUACUUUUUACACCCAAAAAUGUUAUUGUCUGCCCGGCUACGAUUAAGUUAUUUAAACAAAUGUGUUGCAAUGGUAGAAAAAAAAAUUGUGUGUCUGAAAACUGUAGGUACUGGGGAUACUUUUUUUUUUUUUAAAGUGGUACUUUAUAAAAAAAAGGGUUGAGAAACACUGGUAUAGACAAUGUGUAAACAUGGCAAAAGACAGUUCGCAGUAAUAGUAGGGUUUUGUUGUUGUUCUGUGCAAAAUAAGCUUGCACUAUUAUCUACACUAUUGUUUUUACGAAAACAUAUGUUUUUCAUUCUCACUUGUGCUUGAGCAUAUGGGGCAGGGGAGAAAUCCUUAGAAUCAUAGAAUCCUAGGGCUGGAAGACACCUCAGGAGGCCAUCGUGUCCUGCCCCCUGCCCAAAGCAGGACCAGUCCCUUCCUGGGGAGAAUAUUAUUAAUGGAAUUGCGAAACCCUAAAUGCACUUAUAAAGUUGUGUGUUUUGUAUUCCAGUUUGAGAAGUCACAAAUAUGUUUCUCUAAGUAACAAAGGAUUUUCACAGCCCCAUUCUGUAUUAGUUUUGGUAAAUGUACACAGAAAUGGGCUAACUACUGAGAAUUCUUCAAGAACAGACAGAGUACUUAUAAUAGCCAUCGGGACCACCUGUUCCUUUAUCUCUGUGUAGCUGUGGUUCUCAGACUGUAGGUUGAGACCCCAUAGUAGAUUGUGACCUUGUUUUCGUGGGACUGCCAGGGCUGAUGUUGGACUUCCUGGAGUCCAGGACUAUGUUCCCUGUAAGCUACACAGUUGUGUAACUACCUUCAUGACCCUGCACAAGCACUCAAGGCACCCGUGCAAGGAGGAGAGGAGGGCUGCACCUCCUCCAAUCUAACAUCCAGACAGGUGGCCCGAGGAGGAAGAGCCUGAUCCAGGUUCCUCUCCCCCCAGCCCAAACAUUACUGCAGCCUGGGUGCCCAGCUUCGGAGCAGUCCCCCCACCUCCGCCAGGGCAUUCUGGCCCCAGAGGGGCUCCUCUCUUGAGGCCAGAGAGGCCUGGCUCUGGAGCAGCUCCCCGCCAUAAUUGAAGCAGCCUGUCCCAGAGGAACUCUUGAUCAUAGCAGUGUGGACUCAGAGCCUCCAUGUCUUGACCUGGUCCUAGACCUUCUUCCUUCCCCUGCUCCCCUGUCACACUCCUGCACCCCACCCUCAGCCCAGUCCCAGAGAGCCCUUGCACCCCAACCUGGUCUGAGCCCUCAUCCCCACCCCAGAGCCUUCACCUCCAGCUGGUGCCCUCACCUUUGUGCCCCAGCUGCAGACCUGAGCCCCCUCUUGCGCUCAGAACCCCUUAGCCCCAUCCCUGCCGCAUAAAUGUUGUGUUAUCAAUAUUAAGGCAACUUGUCUCACAUCUCCAAUAACAGAAUUCAUUCUGUUCAAGAGUGGGAAAAAUUAGAAGGAACACUGAUCCAGGGCUGAAGCUUGAGCCCUUCUGCCCAGGGCCAAAGCCCAAGGGUAGAAGCCCUGGGCAACAAGGCUCAGGUUGCAGGACCCCACAUCACAUACCUGGGGCUGAAGCCUUUUGGUGUUGACUUUGCCCCCUAACCUGGGGCAGUGGAGCUCAUGGUUUGCUCUGCCCCUCGCCUGGGACAGUGGGGCUUGAGCAAGCCCAGGCUUUGGUCCCCUCUCCUGGAGUUAGGUAAUGUUUUUUGUUGUUGUUGUUGUUGUUGUCAGAAGGGUAUCAUGGUGCAAUGAAGUUUGAGAAUCACUGCUGUAUAUCAUAACAGAUUAUAGGGAAAUUGAGGAGAUUUUCUGCCUUUAGAACAGCUGCUAAGUCUUGAAUAAAAGAUCCUAUUUCUAGUUUUUCACUAGAAAAUGAUGGGCUCUAUUUCUGUGGUGGUGUGAAUGUAACCUUUAACAUAACAAUAUGUGUUUUGCUUGGUUUUAAUCCACAGACCAUUCCUGUAGUGGUAAGUCCUUCUGCUGGGACAGUGGCAAUGAGAACUGGAGUUCAGUAUGUUCAGACCACAAUGCCAGUCCAAGUACGAAGAGUCUAACUACUAACAAGAAACCCAAGCGACAGUUGGAAUAAAUAAUUAAUAAAAUCUGUCUAAUAGAAAUGUGAAAAUAAACACAGUUCUUUGGAUUAACCUCAAAGGUUCAGACUUUAGCUUUGUAUAUGUGUACAAAGCAUUAACUACACUACAUUAAUGUAAAGCAUUAGCGCUGGCUUUAAAAAGCUGAGGUAAAAUCCAUGUUAAAUCUAUGCUUUGGUUGUAAAUAAUGUACAAUUUGUGGAUGUCAUUAAAGUUAGAGUACCAUCUCCUUUUUAUAUUUGUAUUGACUUUAACUUAUAAAGAGUGUUUGAAGUUGGUAAAGGAAAGAUUAAAAUAGCCUUAUCACGAAUGAACAUUGAAAACUGGACUUAAGGAACUGAAGUUCCACAAAAUCACUUUCUUUAGUUAUCAAGAAAGAAUCUGAUCAUCUUAUUUGGGAAUAAAAACAAUUGAGCACUUUGAAACGGAAUUAAAAAAAAAUUGUCCAACUAAAGUUGAAAAUGUACUUUUUAAAAAUUGAUUUUAUUGGGCAAAUUAUGAAAUUUGCAAUCUGUGGGCCUGAAGUACACAAAGAGGGUAUUUUUGUUUGUUUUUUACAGUGACCAGACUGUUUGAAAUGAUAUUGUUUACAGGAAACCAUCUUAAAUUUCAUUCAGCUUAACAGCAGUACAGUAGAAAGAAUAAUACCAACUGUUUAGUAACCUGAUUUAUGGUCAAUAGUAUCAGAUGUGAGAAAAGUGGAAUUUUUUUUCUAUGCUUCAUAGUUCAGUUUUUUUAAAAAUUUGUCUCUAAAAAACUUUGAAAUGCUUUUCAAAUGGAACAAGAACUUGAUUUGGAGAAGACUAUGUAUCAUGAAACAUGGGCGAAGGACUUUUGAUGCUGGGCUAGAGCAUGUAUUAUUUAUAUGAUGGAAUUUACAUUUUUAUGUAAGCAUGAAACAGUACAGUAUGAGAGAAAGUAACCCAUGAAAAUUCUGUCUGUUACACUUAUACUGUAGUACCAUUUUGUAUGUUGUGUAAAACGAAAGCAUUGAACAAAGCAAAGGUAAUGUAUGUAUAUGAGAAAAUUAAUUGUAUUAUAUCAUUCCAGUACAUUUUGUUGUACAUUUUAGUCAUGUUGAUUUCUCCCAUUGUUUAUAAAAGGAUGCGAUUUGUACAGUCUCCAGCUAGUUACCCACAUUAGAGGAAAAAAAAGUAUUAGAAGAAAAAAAAAUUGAGAACAGAAUAUUCGUGAAUUGCAGUUGUGUCAAAAAUAGCCUAGCUGGCCUUAUUUGUGAAGCAUAAUUGCUUUUAGCAUAUGGAAGUAUUUUUUCACAUUUUCUUUGUAUAAAAUUUGUAUUAAACUUAAAUAUCUUUUUGAUUAUUGUGUUUCUUUGUGACUGAGACAGGUGACACACUCUAUGCUUUGGGUUUCCCCAAUUUUUCAGGAAUCGUCACAAUUUUUUAUUAAACAGUUUUA